AAGGACGCCUUCCAUCCUGUGGGUGCUCAGCAGUGGGUGAAGAGGGGGCCAGCCCAGUCACCAGCGUACCCAUCUGCAGUAUGCCUUCCCAUGAGCUAUCCUGAGGGCAUGGUACGGGGUCUCUGUGGAGGACUUUGCUGCCCCUGCCUGUGACUGUGCUACAACGGUGGUUGGCUCCAGCCUUGACCAUGGACACCUGUCCAAGAUUCUGCUCAGUGUUUGCAAACGUUAAUCCCGUGCAGCACUUCAAAGCCAGUGAGUUCCGUGAAGGAGCUCUGAACCUGCUGAGUCGGUGACUUCCAUCUGGUUCUACCUGACCCAGGGGCUCUCAGAAGAAGACAUGUCCUGGUUUGAAGGAAGGUUGGGCCUGAUCCCGGAAACACAAAUGUUUGAAUCAGCCAUGACAUUUUGAAAUGAGCAUGUGUGGCCCAGAAUGUGGGACAUGCUGACAGGUCACCCAUCUGUCUGGGUGGGCUUUCUAUUGAGGUCACUUGCUAAGUGUCCUAUGAUGUCACUGUCAAGCAACCUGGCCGCCAUUGUGACACCUGGGGCUGCAUUGUGAGCCCAGCGCUGGGGGCUAAGCCUCACCCUUGUUGCUAGGAAGGAAGCAGAGCCUUCACUUUGCAUGGAUAGUGGCAAGAAAAGCAGUCCCCCAAGCCAGGACCCAGGCUCGAGCAUGGCCCAUUCUCCCCCAAGGGCUGGGGCACCCCGAACUGUCAGUGCGGGCCCUGCUCCUCCAGCAGUUCCGGCAGGGGCCUGGGAUGAUCCCCUGCCACCUGGCUGCCCCAACGGGAGAUUCCUGCUCGAAGACACUGCUUUCCAAACGCCGACCGAAAGGCCCUCCUUGAGAAGGCCAGGCCCAGGCACGAACACCCUGUCCCUGAGGGACGGGAGCCUGUUUUCUCUCCCCUUCCCCAAGAAACUGUGGAACAUUGUGAGCAGCAAUCAGUUUGUGUCCAUUUGGUGGGAGUGUAACGGCGCGUGCAUCGGGAUCAACGAGAAACUAUUUCAAAAAGAGAUUUUGGACCGGGACGGUGCUGACAAAGUGUUUGCAACGCACUAUAUGAAGAGCUUCAUCCGCCAGCUCAACCUCUACGGCUUCAGCAAAAUGCACCAGAUUGCUUGGCGACCUGUCUGCCGCGCUAGAUGGUUCACAGAAGAAAGAUCAGUGUGUGUCGUGAGCAAGUUACACUUCUACUAUUGCCCCUACUUUAAAAGAGACUUCCCUGAGCUUCUCCUGAAGAUGAAGAGAAGAGUGGGCGUAACAGGGUCAUCCAAAGCCGUCGUGCACGUGUACUCCCAGCAGAGGGAGAGGCAGCCCGAAGCCCCAAGAUCUCCUUCAGCACCUACAGCCAUGGAGCGACAGGAAGCUCCCACGUGUCCCGGUGAGAACAAGCCGGCGGGCCUGGGGAACCCAGAACUGCCCGAUGACACGUCCGGAAGCAGCACUGCUGGCUGGGCGCCACCAGCAACUGCAGCAAGGGCCCUUGAGGAUGUUGGGAGGAACAUGGAGGCUGCGGCCCUCUUGUCAACGCGGUCUCCCCGCCAGCCAGAGAGGACCCAGGCUCCCUGGGCUACCCCUGGUGCCGAGGCCACCAUCCUCGCACAGCCCCCCUGGGCUGUCCGUGUCAGGGCUGCUGCACAGAUAUGUUCCUUUGGGCCAAUGGUGGGUCUGCAAGCUGAGCCUCCGGGAUACCACAGCUCCCCUGCCAUGUUCCUGCCUUGGGCGGGCCUGUUGCCCUUCUGCUGCCCCUGGGUCCCCAUGCCCAUCAGGGCUAUGGGGCCUGCUGCUCACAUGCCUGUUUCCUCACCCCCAGCCAUGCCAUUCCACUGCUUCGCCAACUGCCCCUGCUUCUCAGACUACAGGCCAGCUAUCAUCAGGCCCCCAGGGUGUCCUGUGUUCAGGGACCACCACAGAUAAGGCAGUUGUUUUCCCAGGAUGUGUGCAGGCCAAUAAAAGCACCAGAAAAUGAGUGACCAUCUAUCUGAGUGAUGAUUCUUGUCUCUGUCACUUGUCUAUCUUUGCACUUGAGUCACCCUCUGAGGUAUGGUUUGCUUGCAUGGUAGAAGCAAACGUAAGCACGGUCUUCCCUGGCAUAACGCAGGCCCCUAGGUGACGCUCAGACAGGUUACGGGUGCAAGAAAGCCCCUCGGACAGCCUGCAUCCACUCAUUAAAGAGCUGUCUGUCAAAUCUGCGACAGGUUCCAAACCCUGGCGUUGGUGCAUAACCACCACACUGCCUUCCUGGCCACCCAGGCACAAUUCCCCAUCCUGUUGGUGCCUUUUAUAACACUCUCUUCAACUGACAGAUGAAGGAAGACCAACUCUCACUUUAGGGAAGGACUUACACGUGCCCUUCCUGUCCCCCAACAUGCCGUUGUGGAGGUGACAGUCACCGCCCAUGAGUCCUACAGGUUUUCUGAUGAGAGGGGCUCAUGAGUAUGUGGGUCCCGUGGUUUACCUUUUGGCUUUGAUUCCAGGUGCUGGGUCUGGGAGCUUUUUCUUUUAUUUUUAGAACUGAAAAUUGCAAGGAUGUGAUAGUUGUGCUUAGGAAGAAACCUCUUGGAGACAAGCCUUUCUCUUUACAAGUUGGUUCUGCUUGCUUGGAGUAUCCACAGGAGAACACACGCUCUCGUCAAUGGGCCUCCGUAAACACUGCUCUGUCCGAAAGCGCAUGAGAAGGACACUUUCCAGUUCUUACCAUAGAUAAUUAGGCAUAGCACCCAAAGACUUCUGAGAUCAGGUGGUGGGAGAACCCAAGCCCCAAUACCCCAAGGUGGCCAUUUCCUGGAUUUUGAAUUUGGCCCAAGGUAGGAGAGUCCUGUGAGAGCCGAAGAGUGGGUGGGAAGUGGACACUUGGGAACGGCUGACAGAAGUGCUUGUAAUCCCCAUCUCGCACUGCCUUGCAGGUGGAGAGCCCCGUCUAGCUGCUGUUACAAACCAGUGCUUAGGUAGAAAUGGGUGCCCAUCGCCUUUCUACGCUUCCUGAAUUUGUGAGCUCUUCCACUUUUCAGAAGGGCGUUUUUCUCAUCUUGUAAUUCCAAAUGCCUCUUGAUCUUUACUUGAGUCACGUGGAGAUGGAUGCUCCUUAAAUCCACUUUAACCCACGGGAAACUUGCUUACAUGCAGAUCUACGUAGAAAGGUGUGGGUUUGCACAACGUAAUACCGGGUGGUUUGUCUCUGAAAAGGAUUUGCUUGAAGGACAUGGUCUCGUUUACAAAGCCUAGAGUGUAUGACACCAGUAGCAGACCUCCUCCGUACUUCAUUCUUACCAUUUACUCAUUUCUCUGUUUUGAACUUAAUAGUUAAAGGAAAUAUGCCGACCUUGAGUCCCUCUGAGCUAGGGCAGAGGGCUGCUUUCUAGAAACAUCUGGGAGUAAGUGAGUGUGAACAGGUUUUAAGGGCUGUGUCCUGACAGCUAAACCAAGUCUUGAAAAUACAGACCAGGAUGAUCCAGGGCACGGUAUUUCACUGUUGCUUCCAGGACACGAUAAGGUGACAGUGAUUAGAAAAGUGUAAAAUAUGACUGAACUAGAAGUGGUUCUAGACCUAGAGAGGACUGCAUGAAAUGUACAGAAGGUAUGUAAAGUGUGACAUUUAAUGCUAAAGUCGUACACCCAGGUGGUUCUCAUGUCUGGGUGAUAGGAAAUACCUAGACACACACGUGUGUGUAUGUCUAUGUAUAUAUUAUGUAUAAAAAAAAUCACAUAAUGAGAGUAACAAUAGCUAGGCCUUUCGAAAGCACAAUUCGACAUGGUUACUUUGGGCACCUGCUCUGUGUCUACUGCCAUGGUCCAUACAGCUUCCUAAACACCUGACAGAACCUUCCAGAAGCUAGUGAAUUGGUUUGACCUCAUCAGUACAAGUGUAGAGUCAUUGCCUGUGUCUUGUGUUGAGGGAGAGCAUGGACACCCUGGACUCACUUGCCACUGAGCACCGCCCAGACUUCCUUUAGCCCAAGGCCAGCUAGGUUCCAAGGUCAGUGUACCCCAAGAUCACCUCUGAGGUCUCCUUUUCCCCUGUACCCUCUCCAGUGAAGGUGGCUACAGCCAAACAGUGACAAAUGAGAAAGUGGAAAAUAGGGUAGCACCCUCUCCCAUGGUCUGACCAAACCCAAGAACCCCAGUUCUGUGGGAAUGUGUCCACGACCUCCCUGUGUGUGCUGCCUCUUAGGGCUUAGUGACAAUGGCGUUCUGCCAUCAUGGCGCCCCAUGGGAUGACAGACGACUGUCAUAGAGGCCAGUGGGGGCUCUGGGUCAUUACCACAAAGCUGGAUGUUGUCAGUCAAACGGUCAUAUAAUGGUGGGUGAAGCAGCAAGCAGUUAGGGACUGUGGUAGAGCAGCACGGAGGGCAGAAGUCCUGUUUCCAGCAAAGCCUCAGAAAUCACCCCAUAAGUCCUGAGGACAGUGGUUCUCACUCGAGGGUGACUUCCCCCACACCCCUGCCGCAGGACAUUUGCUAAUGUUUACAGAUUUUGUGGGGAUGUGCUACUGGCUUCUAGUGGAUGGAGGGCAGGGGUUCUGCUAAAUAUCCUCCUAUGCCCAGGACAGCCUCCAUUGAGGAGAAUUACCAGGUCCGAUUGUGCAGUGCCCGCUGGGGACACCUGGCCCUGGUAUACAACCUGCAUUUCCCACCACUCCCCUUUCCUCAUCCUUCCACAUCGGGAUCAUCCCUGGGGGACUGGGCUUUCAAGGCAGGGCCCAGAGAAUACAAAUCCCCUUCCACUGUACAAAACAAUGCAGAGGGUCAGGUACAAGUGAGGAUUAGAGCGGGUGAGCAUGGUGAUGGCGCGGUCAGAAUGAAGAAAAGUGCAGAGAAAGACAAUGAUGAAAUCAGUGUCCCAGAUGGGAACUUGUUUCAGAGGCGGCUUUGGGCUGUUUCAGAUUCGUGAUUUCAGAGUUUGACAGUUCAACAGACCCCUCAGAGCCCUUAGAAAAUGGCUAAACUGCCAGUGGUAAAGGACCAUUCCAGUGGAGUCUCGUAUAUAGUGGCCGCUCAGACCAAAAAAAACCCAAACCCAGUGCCGUCGACUCGAUUCUGACUCAUAGCCACGCUAUAGGACAGAGUAGAACGGCCCCAUAGAGUUUCCAAGGAGCGCCUGGCGGAUUCAAACUGCUGACCUUUUAGUUAGCAGCCAUAGCACUUAACCACUAAGACACCAGGGUUUCCAGAAGUGCUCCUGAAAUGAGUACUGGAGUGGGAUAACCAUCAGGGCCCUCGAGCUGGCAAGGAGGGGGAAUCGUCCUGGGAGCAUUUAAUCAAGGAGUCAGGAGCCAAGAUGAGGAACCUCAAGGUGAGAACUGACAGGUCCAUCUACCCCAGGACAGAAAGGCCCCACAGAAUCCAGCUUCGGCCCUCUGUCAGCCCUGGGAGACCACGGCAGAGUGGCCGGAUGUGGUGUUUCCUGACUUCUUUCUUGGGAGUCUGAGGGAGGGUUAGGUUGGUCUGAAGGGGGCAGCCUCAGGUCAGCAGAGGGAGGAGACCCAGGCUCUGCCAGGAGUCAAGGUCAGGACCCAAGGGAGAACUGAGGGGACUAUGGACCCUAAAACACAGGAGCACCCCCGAAAAACCUUUUGCUGCUGUUCCUCUAGGAGGUUUUGAAGGAGCUGGGAGACUGAGGCACCUUCUGAAUGCGGCCUGGAGAGUCUGAGGUCCUAACUGGGGAGGAGUCAGUGAGCAGAAGGGAGAGGACCCAGACCCUGUCAGCACUAAACAUGAAUAUCUUCAGGACACUGAAGGUAUCCCCCAGACAAAGGGGCCCCAGAAUCUGAAUGGGCAGGGUGUCGUCUGAGAAGGCGGCCUCAAGCAACUGAGGAGAGGGGACCCGACCCUGCUGGGAGUUAGGUGGAGGACUGGGGAGACCCUAGGUCUCAAUUGAGAGGCCCCAGAGAACCUGCUCCUGCUCUCAGCUCUGGGAAACCCCAGCUACGCUAUUCUGCCUGGGAUCUGAGGUAGGCGGAGCGUCGUCUGUCAGGGUGGUCUCAGAUCAUCAGAGGGGAGGGGUCCCGGCACUACCUGGGGUCAGGGGGAGGAUUGGGGAGACAGUAGGUCUCAAUAGAGAGGCCCCAGAGAACCUGCUCCUGCGAUCAGCCCUGGGAAACCCCAGCUACCCCUCAAUUCCACCCGGGAUCUGAGGGAGGCCGAGUGCUGUCUGUCAGGGCGGUCUCAGAUCAUCAGAGGGGAGGGGUCCCGGCACUGCCUGGAGUCAGGGGGAGGAUUGGGGAGACCCUAGGUCUCAAUUGAGAGGCCCCAGAGAACCCACCCCAGCUGUCAGCUGUGGGAAACCCAAGCUAUCCCUCAAUUCGGCCCUGGGAUCUGAGGAAGGCGCAGUGGGGUGUGGAGGGCCGUCUCAGAUCGUCAGAGGGGAGGGGUCCAGAACCUGCCAGGAGUUAAGGGGAGGAUUGAGAGGAUCUGGAUCUCAGAACAGAGGGGCCCCAGAGAACUCACUCCUGUCGUCAGCCCUGGGAAACCCCGACUACCCCUCAACUCAGUCUGGGAUCUGAGGAAGGCGGGGCAGAGUAUGAGAGGGUGGCCUCAGAUCAUAGGAAGGGAGAGGUUGAGGACCUGUGAAGCGUCAAGGGGAGUACUUAGGGGACCCCAGAUCUCAGAAGAAAGGGGCCCCUAGAUAACACACCCCUGCUGUCGGCCUUGGGAAAUCCCAAAACCAAAAAAUAAAUAAACCCAUCGCCAUCCAGUCAAUUCCAACUCAUAGCGACCCUACAGGACAGAGUAGAACGGCCCCAUAGAGUUUCCAAGGAGCACCUGAUGAAUUCGAACUGCCGCCUCAUCUUUGUGUUUUCUUGGAGGUUUUCCAAUGGUGUUCCUUUUCAUAGAAGGUUCGAUGAGCUUCAGCAUCAUUAAAGUUUAUGAACGACAUAGGUCAUGUGUUUCUUGCUGUUUAUGUAUCAGGUUCAAGAGUAAGAGUUUUGCUAUUUGGUGAAACAAAUGGGAAACCUUCCACUUUGUGCUGUGGACUGGGGAAUGAAAUCCUGACACACAGCACAUGGGUGAACCUUGAAAGCAUUAUGUUGCGUGAAAUAAGGCAGACAGAAAAGUACAAAUGUUGUAACGUCGCACUAUCGAUCUUUCUAGAAUAGGCAAAUGCAUAGAGACAAAUGUGGAUUCCUGGUUACUUGGGGCUGGAGCAGGGGGAAAUGGAAAGUUACUGCUUAACAAGUAUGCACCGCGUUUCUGUUGGUGGUGAUGAGAUACUUUAGGAAAUAAGCGGUGAUGGUUGUACAACAUGGAGAAUGUAAUCAAUGCCGCCGAAGUUGACGCUUAAAAAAGGUUCGGAUGGCAAAUUCUUAUUUUCCAUAUUUUCCCUCAAUAAAAUAAAAGAGAAAAACAUACAAUAUUAACUUUUGGGUGCCCGUUUCCUUUUUAGUCUUUUAUUGUGUAACACUAAAAGUUAUGUACCUGGAUUUGCUUGGCUGAUUCCUGAAUGUAGGAGAAAUUAAACUUUAAUAAAUGGAAGUCUCUGCUCACUGGCUCAUUUUUCCCCCAAACAUGAAUUGAGCAUCUGCUGUUUGGGAGACGCGGUGUUGCGGCGGACCGGGAGAGUUCCUCAUAGAAUGGUAGUGUCCAGGAGCAGCAGUCAUACAGGAGGAGGGUGCCAUGUCCCCUAAGACCUGCAGGCCCAGUACAAGAGGGUUUGGGGGGCUGGGGUCCCGGGGGGGAGCCGCCAUAAGUUAAUGCCCUAGCCAGGGCAGCUUGGGGCUUUGGGAAGCUGUAGUUGCCUGUGUGGAGUUCGCUGUAAAGAAGGUGGUGUGACCAGGUGGCCCGACUCUAAGAUGGUGUCUUUGAGGAGAGACAGAAGCCUGGAUGGAAAUCUGCUCUUCACGGGUACUUUUGGGUCCUGGAGAAGCCAGAGAGAAAGCUCCACCUCGGGCAGGUAUGGGCGUUGUCUCCUGCUAUUGUCCCAGUGCAGGUGAGCCCAGUGCAGAGCCAGCUGCUUAUGCCUGCAAGGAGUUCCUGAGAAGUGGAGGUGAGGCUCCCUUGCCGUGAGGCCCAGGAGCACUGGGCUUCCUUCCACUCUCUCACUGGCCAGCGACAGCCCAGCCCCUCCACUGAGAGGACAUUUUCCCUAGGUCACCUUCAGUGCACUUUGGUCAACUUUAAAGAAGGACCGGUGGUUGGUGGGGUGGAAGGAAUGAAAACAGCGGUUUGAAUGGAAGAGCAGCUGGGAGGGAGGGAAGGACUUGGUCCUUGACUCAAAUUCUAGGAGCUUCCAGUGGCACCCAGCUGGGGACGACACCCCUACACCCAAAUUAAAUAACGCCUCCUCUAGGACGGAAUGUUUCCUAAGUCUUUUUUAAGAAAUGGCAUUUUUGGCUGAUUUAGUAUUUGGUGUCCCACUGAGCUUCAUACAAUGUGAGAGGCGUGGGUAAUGAAAACAUUCCCAGAGGAAAAGGUGAUGAGGUCUGGCAUCAAAAGAGUCCUAGAAAUAACUGCCAUUCAUUAAAGACCCACGAUCUGCCAGGCACUCUGCCAGGUGCUUUACUUAUGCCACAUGCAUUCUACCAGUCCCACAAUAUGGUGAUCAAACCCAUUCUGCAGAUGAAGAACCCAAGGCUCUAGGGCUUGGUCAUUUCCCCACGAUCACACGGCUGGCAAGUGCCAGGACUGGGACUAGUACCUCGCCAAAGUACUAACAACUGCCUAAGCCUUGGUGGGUGAAGAUGAGACACAAGCACCAUUUGGGGAUUGUCUGUGGCUCUAUUCCCCUGGUGUGAUGGUUUAGGUUGUGUGUCCCCUUGGCUGGGCCAUGAUUCUCAGUGGUUUGGCAGUUAUGUCAUUAUGUAGUCAUCCUUCAUGAUGCCAUCAGCCAAUUAGUUGUAAGUGGAGUUUCCUUGGGGUUGUGGCCUACAUCCAAAAUAUAUAUGGGACCUUCUGGCAAAGCUUGCUUGCCUGCUCUGGAUCCUGUACCCGGCUCAUCAUCAUCUGGGAUAUGAGCCAACAGCCUGCCAUCUGAUCUGCUGAUCUUGGGUCCGUCAGCGCCUGCAGCUACAUGAGUCAGGACAAUCCCCCAGCCUGAUGCCUGACCCAGGGACAUGGGACUUGCCAGGGUCUACAACGCCGUUAUCCAUUUUCUGAAGAAAAAUCUC